AUUUGUCGCACAGUUCAACGGAUACAUGUCCUUCCAUGCAACAUUACAAUACAUUAUAAUAUCUAUCUACUUUUGUCGUUUACUUAGAUAUACGUCACCUUAAUGUUGCAUCGUCUUCAUCAUCUCAUUAAUUCCGCAAAUUUCUGAUGGCUACCACAUUCUUUGUCGUUGACCCUCAAUAUAUUGAUGGUACUGAGCUCUCUCUAUCACCUCUCCACAAUGAUACAUCUACUUCCAUUAUUAUUUGGCGACUCGUCUGCACCAGAAACGGAGCCUCACCUCGUGGGCUUUAUCUGCCCCUCGACAAAACUUUGGUCGUCAAGGCGCUCUCUGAACUCUUUCCACAGCUCUCUACCUCCUGCACGGCAGGGCCUGAUAUUGACAGGAUCGAAGCAUGUCUCACCAACGAGGAUACAUUUACAUUGCUUCUUGCAACAGAAACCUUGGAGACAAUAACCUUGCGCCAACCGGAAAUAAAUGCUGAUCAAAUAACACUCCAAGAGGAAAUAACAACUAAUAGCAAUGUUACCACUAUGCCUACAACUACAGCUUUCGAAAAAACAUCAGGGUCGCCCAAGGUUUCGUUCAAGAUCACAAAAAUCGUGGGAUGUCUGACGUUGGUAACGCUAAAAUUAUUGAUGAAUAAUCGCGCGCAUAUCGAGGAUCUUGUCGUUUCUGACAUCUGUCGUGGGAAAGGCGUAGGUCGGGGUCUCAUGAAACGUGCUCUAGAUGAGGCUGUAUUUGCGCGGCAUUGCAAAAUAGUUGAUCUGACUAGUAAGCCCGAUCGAGUCCAAGCUAGAGCCUUAUAUGAAUCCUUAGGUUUCAAAAUCAGAGACACGGGUGCGUUUCGUUACUACGCCACCUCUUAGAUGACACAGACAGUCAGAUAGAGAAUAUAAAUAUAAAAUACAACGUCC